AAUACCGCUUUGCUAUUCAUACAUAAAAAACCUGCAUCCGGAGCAGAGACAGCACUACAUUUUGUACCAUGAUAAAGUGGAUUCGGCUGUUACCCAUUAUCUUGCUGAUUCACGAAGCCAAGUCCUCGAAUAAAUGGUGCAGAAAAAAUCUCUGCAAUGGCCAACACGUGCUUUGCACGGACAAUGGGAAAAUUCAAUCAACUUGUCCUAGAGAUGCCACAGCCAUGGUGAAAAUGAGCCAGGAUAUGAUAAACUUAAUCGUGGACCAGCACAAUGAGUAUCGUAAUAAGUUUGCUGGGGGUUUGGGUGGUCAUCCGAAGGCAGCGAGAAUGACCACAAUGCAAUGGGACUCGCAACUGGCCAAAGUAGCCGAUGCUCUGGUGCGUCGAUGUCAGCCCAUCAGAGACGAGUGCGGCAAGACCCUGAAAUAUCAUAAGGGCGAAGCCAGUUACUCCCUGGAAAAGUACUACUGCAUGACGACGAAAAAGAAUGCUCUCAAAAAACAACUCAACUACUGGUUUGAUCCUAACAGUAAGGACCACACGGAAAGAUUGUUUUUCUCUCUAAAGGAUCAGGACCAGGAGUUUUCGAAGAACUACUUUCAGGUACUCAGGGAUCGAUCAAAUCGUGUGGGCUGUGCCAUUAUAGAAUAUAUUCAUCCAAGUUUGGUCCACCAGUUGCUCAAGUGCGUUUAUAAUUGUGGCGUGAGUCUCUGCGAGGACAAUAAUAAUCCUGUCUACGAACAAACCGAUUCCGAUCCAACUUCAGAGUGUAGAAAAGGCGCAAAUGAAAAGUAUAGAAAUCUUUGUCACAAAGAUGAACUUGUCAAAAGCUGUGAUGGCGGAAACCUCUUUGUCCUAAAUGGACACGAAGAAGAAGAUGUACUUAAGUUUACCAAGUAUCCACUUCCGCAUUAUUCCAACGAUCCCUCGUUGCCUGAAAUACCUGACAACCCCCUCAUAGAAGUUAAAUCCAAACGAGAAACAAGUUCAAAACGAAGGAAUGACCAUAACAUCCCAACUAAAGCUUCGACAUAUAAUACUCCAGAGUCAACUACGGUCUUAGAUCUGUCAUACACAGUCGAUUCUGAUCUCCCUGAUAUACCCGACAACCCUUUAUUAGAAUCGAGGUCCGCUCCUCAUAAAGCAAAACGAAAGUCAAUAAUAAAAAAAAAUAACAAAAUAAACCAAAGUGAACUUAACAUGAGAUAAAGAGACAAA